AUGGUGGCCACUAUUAAAGAAGCGCAAUUGUGCCGUUUAUGCCCACCUGGACUCACUCUCAGUCCAGAGGAGUUCAGAGAAAGGACUGUACGUAGGAGGGUACCAGGUUCCAAAAGGCACAUGGCUGCUAGUGAAAACUGUGGAAAGAUCGACCAACUGACCAUCGGUUUGUUGUUUGGGACGGACCCGAGGGGGUCAUACGCUAGAGAGCUUCCUCAUACCCAGAAGGAUGUUGAGUUAGGGGGUUAG